AAUGAUUCUAAUUGAACCCUAUAAACAUAAUAGAAAUUUUGUAUUAUUUCAUAACCUAAACCCUAAACCUUGAUAGUCUCACUCCCACAGUUCCAACUCGCCGCCCACCACAUCGCCGCCGCCCGCCGCUUAAGUCAGUGAUCGUACUUUAUGGCUUCAUCAUGGUCACAAUGAUUGGAUUUCACAAAGGCCUUACCUCAACUAAUGUGCGCCGCUCAACACUCCAUUUUCACCGUCUUCAAUUUUACCACCAUUGACCAAGGAAAACAUGAGCACCCGUUCCCGUAAGACGAGAAAGAAAAAGAGUGGUACUGAAAUGGAAAAUGUAGUUGAAGAAGACAUGUUCUACAGUAAGCUAUCUGAACCACAUCUUAUAAGUCAUAUUCUGUCUUUUCUGCCAACAAGAGAUGCAGUUAGGACCUCUGUUUUGUCAAAGAAAUGGUUAGAUAACUGGACAUUCAUCACCAAGUUAGACUUCGAUGAUGGUCUCUACCACGACUCCUAUGGUCUUCGAAUCUGCACUCACUGCAAAUCUAGGGUUCACCAUGAUUUCUAUGUCUCAAAUAAGGUGGGCUCUGAUGAUUUGACUUUGUGUGGGAGUUGUUCUAAUUCAGAAGAUGCACUUUACAAUGGUGGAAACAGUUUGAGCUUUUCAGAUUUAACGAAAGUGAAGGCUAUUGGCGUGACUUAUAAGCAGAGCUUUGUAAAAUUUGUGUACCAUGCACUUCUUUUUACUAAGAAUAAUAAUAGUUCAAUUUCAAGCAUGUUGGAAAGGUUUUCUUUGGUGAUCAAUAACCAUUAUGAUGUCGAUCAUCUCAAUAUAUGGAUCUCUUGCAUCUUGAACAGGAGAGUGAAAAAUCUAAAGAUCCAUUCAUCUGUUCAUAACCUACCAUUUUCUGCUAGUACAUCCAAAUCUCUUUUAAAUUCCACACAGCUGGAAGAAUUGGAAUUGGUGCUUAGUAGUUUCACCACCAUUAAUGUACCUUCCAACUCCGUUCAUUUUGGUCACCUAAAACAUCUCAAGUUGUCUGGUAUCGAUUUUACCAUUGAUCAUUCCUGUGAUUAUCUUACACUUAGAUUACCAGUUCUCAAAAAGUUUGAGAUCAGUAACUGCGAAUGGUCAAGUAGAAAGGAUGUUUUCGUAGAUGCUUCUCUACUUGAAAAUAUUUCUAUACAACAAGACCUUAGUGAGCUACAAGGCAAAUCCAUCAAAUUUAAUGCUUUGUAUCUCAAAGAAUUCAAUUAUUGUGGUUAUGGUAUAUCACAACAAAUUAACCUGUCAGGUUGCAGUUUUAUGCCUUAUGCUUCUGUUAAGAUCAUCCUAAAACAGUGUGAGAACAACAUUUCAGAGACAAGAUGUUUCUAUUUUCAACUUUUCCAACAUUUCCAUCAAAUGAAGUGUAUCAAAUUGGAAGGGUUGGAGUUCCUUACACAAACAAAAGAAGAUGUUUAUCCUGUAUCUGCUCUACCUGUAUUUGCAAAUUUGAGUCAUAUGGAGCUUGGUGUAGUUACUAUUGAAGUUAUUUUCAGCCUACUUCAAAACUCACCGGUUCUCAAGACACUAGUUCUAGCUCUCAAGGAAACACCAAAAUUUGCCAAAGAGCUUCUGAAUUUUGCUGUUGUGCCCGAUUGUUUGACAUCUGCUCUCCAGAUUGUGAACUUCGAAAAGGUUAAAGGCGAUGAGCAAGAGCUAUUUUUAGCUGAAUUUCUUUUGAAAAAUGGCAAGAUGUUGGAGAGGAUGAGUUUCUCCCUCAGUAAUCAAAAGCUGGCAAAAGCUAAGGCUAUGAAAGAAUUUAAGGAGAAACUUCACUCGUUUAAGAAAGGUCAUUCUUUUGGUUAUUUAGAAUUUUCAUGUGAUUCGGUUACAUAAGGUAGUGGUACAUGUCCACGAUCUUCUGAUGGUUCUUUUGAGGAUUCUUCUUCUUCUUCUGAGGAUUCUUCUGAUGAUUCUUCUGAGGAUUCUUCUGAUGAUGAUGAUGAUUUUUCUGAUGAUGAUUGACCAAGAAAAAUCUUUGGGGUUUGGGGGUCCGGUAUUAUUAGCUGUGCUAAAACCGGAACCUCCUCUUCUUCUUCUUAGUAUUUAUAUAGAAAUGUUAACUCUGAAUAUUUUAUUAUCAAUCACAAUUAUUAUAAAUUUAUGAGCUAAUAAAUAAAAUGGUUUCAAAAUCACUCAUCAAAAUUUAAGAUAGUAUAUGAUCCGAGGUGAGACGAAGCACAUUCAAGAACUGAAAUUGGACAUUACCAUUCUUUGCUAAUAUUGUAAGCACGUCCACAAAAUUCGUUAAUGAUGCCACAAGAAUUUCUGCACUGCUUCUAUUACUUCAAAGUGCCUAAAUGAAACCAAUUCAAAGGGAGAGAAAAAGUUAAUCAGCUAAGACUAUACAUCUAAAAUGCAGGUUAACCUUCUAACUGUGAAUGACAGCUGUCAAUUCCCUACAGCUGGCAUGUCAGGUGUCAUAACUAACUCUUGUAAGAGUUCUAUCUACGGUAAUUACUCCGCGCUCACUAUUAUAUGUGAUGAUUACAUGUUUAACUGAACUAAUCUAGUUACAUAAGAGUAUGAUACUUCCUUUAAGAAUACUGAUAUGUGUCUACCAUCUUAUAGGUAAUCACUACUCUUAUAUCACAUUUAAAAUGCCACAUUCAUAUACCUUUCUAGUUGUUUAAGCAGUCCUAAUUUAAAUGAGCACAAAUUUGUUAUCAGGAUGUGAAUCAGGGGAUUGGAUAAAUUUAAUUAGCUUAGCACCCUAGAUAAAUUUAGUGUUAAUAAAGCUUGAAUUUGAAUAGUGUAAAAAAAGAAAAACCAAAAGCAAGAAUGAAACAUAACAACGUUAGCCACAAUUAUAGGAGUGGUAAUGUUUAAUGCGUAAUUUAAGCAUGGUUACAACCGUAGUUAAAUUAUUUUUCUUAAAUCAUUUUCCAUAAGCCACUCUAAAAAUUACCGUGGUAAAUUUUAUUAACCACGGUCUAUGCCACUUUUAACUACGGUUCGGACCGUGGCUAAAUGGGGCUUUUUUUAGUGUAUAUUAAUUUCUUGAAAAAUGCAUAAAAACCUAUACAAUAGCUAUAUGGGUAAAGUUUCGUACUGGUGAUAUUAUAAAUUAAUCUAAAAAAACAAUAAUAUAGAUGAAGAGAAACAAAAUAGUAUGUUAUUCACCAAUAUAAUUAAGUUACCUUUUUUUUUUUUUAACAUUAAAACUUUAUUAGCAAACCUCAAUCCAUGGUAAGAUAUACCAAGGGAGGAAAAGAAGAUAUACCACAAAGGCUAGAAACUACCACAUAAAGUUACCUUACAAUAAUACAUAUAUAGUAUACAUCAUCAUCCACUAAUAAUAUUUAUAACAAGUGCAAAAUAAAUCAUAAAAAAACAACUGGGUAGAUAUUAUUUUAUUUUUUGACGUAACGUUUACUGCAUCUUUGGAAAUCGCAUUAUAUCACAGCCA